CGUGUGCUGAACAAACCUUAGGAAUGUCUCCUUAUUAAUGAUGUGACUGGUCAAAUUGUCCGGCUGCAUCUCGACUGACGUUAUGUCACGUUGACGUUAGCCUGUUUGUAGCGGGAUGUGCUGCGUUUGUGGUUUUAAAUUGAACGUGUCGAACGUUUGAAAACUCUCCGUUGGAGCGGCAGGAGAUAUUCAUCAUGACGUAGCAGUCGAAAAUAAGAAUGUCGCGAGCUCCCAGGCGGCUAACGGUAACUUAUAUCCAUCUUUGCUAACGUUAGCUUGGUACACCAUUUCAUGUUUAUCACGUUAACAUGUUGCGUCUCCCUGUUGUGAGCCGGAGCCUCUUUCCAGCUGCUCUUUCUAAAGGAGGUGCGGCUGCAACCAACAAUGUUCGCACCGCAGCUACAGCAACAGCAGCUGCCCCUAACCUCCUGGAGGUGUUCGUGGAUGGGAAUCCUGUCAUGGUGGAGCCAGGGACCACAGUGCUGCAGGCAUGUGAGAAGGUAGGAAUGCAGAUUCCCCGCUUCUGCUACCAUGAGCGCCUGUCAGUCGCAGGGAACUGUCGCAUGUGUCUUGUGGAGAUCGAGAAAGUUCCUAAGCCAGUGGCAGCUUGUGCAAUGCCAGUGAUGAAGGGCUGGAACAUUUUAACCAAUUCUGACAAAACAAGGAAGGCCAGAGAGGGUGUGAUGGAGUUCCUGCUGGCUAACCACCCAUUAGAUUGCCCAAUCUGUGAUCAGGGUGGAGAAUGUGAUCUUCAGGACCAGUCAAUGCAGUUUGGGAGUGACAGGAGCCGCUUCACAGAGAGCAAAAGAGCCGUUGAGGACAAGAAUAUUGGCCCUCUCAUCAAAACCAUCAUGACUCGCUGUAUCCAGUGCACGCGCUGUGUACGCUUUGCCAGUGAGAUUGCAGGUGUGGAGGACCUGGGCACCACUGGCAGAGGCAAUGACCUGCAGAUUGGGACCUAUGUGGAGAAAAUGUUCAUGUCAGAGCUGUCAGGGAAUGUUAUUGACAUAUGCCCAGUGGGGGCCCUGACCUCAAAACCAUAUGCAUUCACUGCUCGUCCAUGGGAGACCAGGAAGACUGAAACCAUUGAUGUUCUGGAUGCUGUAGGUAGUAACAUUGUGGUGAGCACUCGCGGGGGCGAGGUGAUGAGAAUCCUGCCUCGUCUCAAUGAGGAUAUUAAUGAGGAGUGGAUUUCAGACAAAACCAGGUUUGCUUAUGAUGGACUGAAGAGGCAGAGGCUUACUCAGCCAAUGGUGAAAAAUGAGUCUGGGCAGUUGGUUGCCACAACCUGGGAAGAUGCUCUGACUCGAGUUGCUGGAGCACUGCAAGGAGUGGAAGGAAAUGAUGUUGCUGCUGUUGUUGGAGGCUUGGUGGAUGCAGAGGCACUCAUUUCCCUGAAAGAUUUGCUGAAUCGUUUCAAUAGUGACACCCUGUGCACUGAGGAGGCAUUCCCAAUGGCUGGAGCUGGAUCUGAUCUGCGUUCAAACUAUCUCCUUAACACUGGGAUUGCUGGCAUUGAAGAAGCUGACCUGCUGCUUCUGGUUGGCACAAACCCACGCUAUGAGGCUCCUCUUUUCAAUGCAAGAAUCAGAAAAGGCUGGCUUCACAAUGAGUUGCAAGUGGCUCUUGUGGGAAAGGAAGUAGACCUGAGUUACUCACAUGACCAUCUUGGGGAAUCUGCCACGGUUCUUCAGGAAAUUGCGUCAGGGAUUCACCCAUUUUCCCUGGUCUUGGCUAAAGCGAAUCGUCCUGUUGUGGUUGUUGGAAGCAGUUGCCUGCAAAGGGAGGAUGGGGCUGCAAUAAUGGCUGCUGUGUCAACCAUUGCUCAAAACGCUCGUGUCAGCAGUGGCGUGGAGGAAACCUGGAAGGUUCUCAACGUACUUCACAGGGUUGCCAGUCAAGUGGCAGCACUUGAUCUUGGGUACAAGCCAGGAGUGGAGGCUAUCAGAAAGAACCCGCCCAAACUUCUGUUCCUACUUGGAGCUGAUGCUGGCUGCAUUACUCGCCAAGACCUCCCAAAGGAUAGCUUCAUAAUUUAUCAAGGUCACCAUGGUGAUAUUGGUGCACCAAUGGCUGAUAUCAUACUUCCUGGAGCUGCAUAUACUGAGAAAUGUAGCACCUAUGUGAACACUGAAGGCCGUGCCCAGCAGACCAAAGUGGCUGUGACUGCUCCAGGCAUGGCUAGGGAGGAUUGGAGGAUCAUCAGAGCCAUUUCUGAGCUUGCUGGAGUGACUCUGCCAUAUGACACCCUUGAUGAAGUGCGUGAUAGACUGGCAGAGGUUUCCCCUAAUCUGGUGCGAUAUGAUGAUGUCGAGGAGGCUAACUACUUUAAGCAGGCUAACGAACUCUCUAAGGCAGUGAACCAGGCUGUCCUUGCUGGACCUUUAGUCCCUCCACAACUUACUGUGAAGGACUUCUAUAUGACUGAUCCGAUAAGCAGAGCCUCCCAGACGAUGGCGAAGUGUGUGAAAGCUGUCACAGAGGGGGCACAAGCUGUGGACGAGCCAGCCAUAUGUUAAGCACAGUGGAUAUCCAUCCAGUCCUUGGAAAAAAAAAAUACGCACAAGUCUGCUAUUUGCACAUAUUUAUAUUGCACUGUGUAUUGCUAUAGUAGAUGUUUUACUAUAGAAGAUGCCUCAUUAUUUGCGCACAUUAUGGAGCUACCAUACCUUACUUAACCUGCAGAAAUAUGUGUACGUGCUUCGUGCAGAUUGAAGAUGUAAGCUUAGAUUGACCAAAUUUCCAAAAAUGCACUCCUGACACUUUGCGUUUUCACAUUUAAGGUGUGACCAAAGGUUUAAAAAUCCCUAUCCUUCCAAUCUAGUUUUUUGUCUUCCUGUAAAAUGACCAACAUUAAAAGUGUUAAUAUAUUUUCCUAAAGGUAUAUGAAGUAUAUAGAGUUAUAUAUGCAACCAUUUGUGUGAUAUUUAAUAAACCAGUUUUCUGUA